AUGAAACCUCCUAGCGUUCAAUGGAUUCACCGUGCGGGUAUCGGGCCCAUCGCGCUGCAGGGAAAGGACCUUCAACAGUGCCGCGACCGAGUGCCAGUAUAUCAAGGAGAUUUUAUUGAAUCUUCGGUUAAUAAAUUACCAUUAGGUACAAAACGAGAAAGAAAAUCAGUUUUUCCUGAUACAUCUGAUUUAUCCCUGGAGCAUGGGAUUGAAGGAAGCUCUAUUUACAACAGUCAAAAAGCAAACAAUGGAGUGUCAAGGAAUUUCAAGAAACCUAUAGUUAUAAAGAAAAAGUUUGGCUAUCAUAUCUACCGUGAUUCAGAUGAGGAAAUGGCACACUCAGAGCCAGGUGAAAAGUGUAGAGAGAAGGUCAAGUUUAAACUAUGUGAUCAUGAACCUGUUGUUGGUACAAAGAGUGGUGUCAAAAGUUCCUGUAUGAAAAUGCAGAAAGCUGACAACGAUAUAGAGAAUAGUAUUAGAAUGGCUAAAGAAGCAAUGGAAUUUGUACAAAGAGAUUUAAAGAAAAUGCAAAUUUUUACCCCAAAAAUGGGAAAUACAAAUAUUGAAGACGUAGAAACCAAUAGCGACUUACAUCAUGAUAUUGAGGUAGCAAGAGAGGCUUUGGAACAUAUAGAAGACAACUUGGAAUCAAUGGAUUAUCAAGUUACCAAAGAAAAAAAUUUAGAAUUGCCUAAAACAGUUGAUGAAGAAAGUAUUACUAAGUGGAAAGAGGCAAUCAACAAUAUACAAAGGAAUUUUGAGAUAGUUAAGAAUAUAGAAGAUGCCUUCAAAUCUGAUAAUUAUCAUUCUUUACCUGUGAUCGACAGUAUAAAAAAAGAAAAUUCGCGCGAAGCAGAGCUAUUGGAAGAUAACGAAAAAGUUCAUACUCAAUUUAUUAAAGAUAACUCAGAAAAUAUCGCCGAACUUUAUAUAAACCCGGUUUCACGUGAAGUUUUUGGAAUUUCUGAACAGAAAUCUAAGAUAGAUUCCGACGUAAGUAUGGAAAAAAAUUCAAAUAUGUUUACUUCUCCUACCAUUACUAUGGAGGAAAACAUGUUGCUUCAUAGUGAUAGUUUAAAAAGUGAAAUCAAUUCCAAAAAUGCUAGGUCAGAAGAAUCUAAAGAUAAUUCAGAAAACACUUUUAAAUUUGCCGAUUCUUUACCAACCUUAAGUGAAGAUUUAGAACUUGAAAAAAUUCCAAGUGAGAGUACAGAUGACAAUCAUGAAAAAUCACCAAAGGAGGCCAUUCAGUUUUGGUCUUCCAUUGAAAAACAAGAACCAGAGUCGGAGCAAAUACGUAAAUUUGAUCCACAUCUGGAAAUACAAAGAAGUGUUUUACCUGAAAAGGAACUGAAAACGGUAGAGGAAACUUUAGAACAUCAAAUGGAUCCAACAGAAGCUGUAAAAAGUCAUCACCAUACUGUAGAUAACUACAAAGCUUAUAAUUUAAAAUCUGAUGAUCAUGUUAAUUACGGAAAUUUAGAGAACUCUAAGGACAAUUUUAUGGCUAAAUCAUCGGUUAUUGAAGCAUCAGAAAAAGAAAAAGAUGCUUUGAUGAUUCCUGAGCAAGGCGAUAUAGAAACGGAGAAAAAUGAUAAAAAAUCUGAAGAUUCUAGAGCAGUAAUGUUUUCCAGUAAUGAAUUCCUGGAAAAAUCUUCGCAGCUAGAUAAUGAUCAUCUAGAGACAGCUAAAGAAGAAAUGGAGUUGCCUACUUCGUUGAAGGAAAAACAAUUGGAUCAAGAUAAGUCUUUAUUAAAUCAACCUGAACUGGCAGUAGGCAGUUUUGAACACAAAGAUUCUGAUCACAUGCGUAUAUCUACAUCUGAAAGUGAUAAUGAUCAGUCAGCAACACAAUUUAAAAGUAUGGCAGAAACAGAAAACUCAUAUUAUCUUUCUGAUCCUAUUGAUCGACUUAGACAUAAUUCGGAAACCCCUAAGACAUCAUUGCACACGUUGAACUCUAAAGAAGUGUCUGAAAAAGAAGAUGAAAUAUUAGAGCAAAUGAAGGCUGUUUCCGAAAUACAGAGCGAGGAAAUGGGAUCGUCGAAAAAACUUGACACUGAUGAGAACAUCUUGAACUAUGAAACCAAAUUAAGAUCACAAAAUCAGGAUGAAAAUUAUGCUAAUGUUAUAAAAACUUUGAGUGAUACUUACCCUGAGGAAUCACAUAUGUUAAAAUCUGUGUCAGAUCAAAUGAUAUCAAUCCCGUCUGAUGAUAUUGAAAUGUCAAACAAUCAACAUUAUUUAAAAGAAAAUGAAGAUAAUAUGAGAAUAUCGGUCAAUCAAAAUGAGAAAGUACACGUUGAUAGAAAUCCGGAAGUAAACGAUCAUCAAUCAAUAAGUUCUAAUAUUGAAAAUCAUUUCGAAGAUUAUGAAACUCGGAAUUCUAUGCAAAAACAUCAUGAUGUUUUAACAAAUUUAUCGGAUAAAGACAAAAUGAGGCUGUCACAAGAUCAAGACCGGAAAUUUGAUUUAAAUGGAAAACAGGAAACGCAUAACCAGAUUACGAUGAAUUCAGAUGACAAAAAGCAGCUUGCAGAUACUUUACAAAUUUCUAAAUCGGCAUCCGAAUUACAUGACGAGGAAAUUCUGUCAAUGCCGUCAGAUGAACCUAGAAUGACUGGAGAAAAUUCUGCAUUUAUCGAUGAAGAAAAUAUGAGAUUGUCACAAAAUCAAAAUGAUAAAUUACGAAUUGAAGAAAACCAUAGUUUACCUAUGCCUCUUACUUCAGAAUCUGAAAAGGAAAAUCAGCCGGAAGAUCUCGCUGGAUCUAAAAAAAUUUCAUUGCUACCAAAAUCCGUCCUGGAACCUAAUGUUGAUGCAAUAAUUCCUAAGAAAUUGGAGGAAACAGAAAAUACUAACAAACAACGUACCUUAAUGAAUGAAGAGGAUAGCAUGAGGUGGUCAGAAAAUCAAAAUGACAUAUUAAAAUUAAAUGAAAAUGAUAACCAGAACACUCAAGAUCUUUCCUCUAUAAGCUCAGAAAAAAAAGAGGCAAUUGAAGAAUAUAAUGCUUUAGACUUACCCAAAUCUGUAUCUGAACUUCAUACUGAUAAAACGGUGGCCAUGCCAUCUGAUAAGGUUGAAAAGAUUUAUGAAGAUGAUUCCUUGAAGUGGACAAAAGAAGAAGGACAGUUGAGGCAAUCUGAAAUCCGAGAUGUACAAAUUAAUGAAAACCAUGACCUUCAGGUUUCUGAAGUAGAUAUCGAGAAGCAACAACAAGACCACAUUUCACAGCUAACGAAAUCUGUUCCUGAAAUUGCAGUUGAUAAAACUAUAUCAAUUCCAACCGACAAAACAGAAGAAAACAAUGAUCACUUUCUAAAAGAAGAUGAAAAUAAGAUGAGGUUUUCACAGAAUCAACAUGAGAAAUUGCAUAUGAAUGAAAACAACGAACUUAAAGAUCAUCUUACUAUGAGUUCAGAUGUAGAAAAACAUUCUGAAGAUCAAAAUGCACCACAGUUACUGAAAUCUGCUCAUGAAUUUAAUUUCGAUGACUUGGUGUCGUCACCGUCAGAUAAAAUUGAAGAAGCUGUCGAACAACAAUCCUUACAAAAACAAGAAAAUAUGAGAAUUUCAGAAAGCCAAAAUGACAAAAUAGAUAUUGAUAAAAAUCAUCAAACUCAUGUACCUUUGACAACAAGUUUAGAUAUUGGUGAACAGAUAAAAGAUCAAAGUUUACAUUUAGCGAAAUCGGUUCUUGAUUUUCAUGUUGCGGAAGGAGUGUUGAGUCCGCUAGAUGAAAUUGAAAAAAGUGAUGAACAACAUUUAAAACAAAAAGAGGGUAGCAUGAGAUUGUCCGAAAAUAAAAAUGACGAACUAACGCUAAACACUAAACAGGAGAAUUACCAUCUCGAUUCGACGAUAUCGGACACUAAAAACUAUUUUGAAGAUAGCAACACAAAACAAUUACAAUUACCAAAAUCGGUGCCAGAACUUCGUAUUGAUGACAUUGUGUCUGUUUCAUCAGACAAAGUUGAAAUGACCAAAGAACAAAAUUCUUUAAAACAAAACAAUGACAAAAUGAAGUUUGCCGAAAAUCAAAAUGAUCUUAUUACAUUAAAUGAAAAGCACGAACUUCAUGAUUUUCUUUUAAAUAGUCCAGAAAACCAAGAAGAACUUAAUCAUCACAUCUCACAGCUAUCAAAAUCUGUGCCUGAAAUUCAGGUAAAUCAAAUGAUUCAAUUACAAGCAGAUAAAGACCAAACAACUGAUGAUCGACAACCAUUAAAAGAUAAAGAAGUUAUAAUGAGACUGUCAGAAAAUGAAAAUAGCAAAAUAGAAGUUAAUGAAGAGCAGGAUAUACAAAACUCUCUAAAGAACAAUUUGGAUAGUGACACCAUAACUGAAGAUCACACAAUGCAAUUAUUGAAAUCUGUUCCUGAAACGCAAGGCGAUAAGGCGAUGUCAAUGACUUCGGAACAACUUGCAAUUACUAAAACCCAAGAUGCCUUGCCUGAAGAAUCAGGGAAAAAAAUGUCUGGAAAUGAAAAUGAAAUAAUAAAAUUAAAUGAGAGUCCAGAUACACACAUAAAGUUAAGUCCAGAUAAUAUUUCGGACAAACACAAGUUUCAGGUUAAAAGUAAUGCAGAUUUACAUAAUGAUGACAUGAUGUCUAUGCCAACGAACAAAGUUGAGAAUGCAAACAUAAGAUUGUCACAUAACCAAUAUGAUGAACAGAGAUGGAAUUUAAAUAAUCAUGCCAUACCAAUAGACACAGCACAGACAUUUAAAUCUUUAAAUGAAUUUGACAGUAAAGAGAUACAGACAAUGAAAUUUGAUAAAGUUCAGUCACAAAAUGAAGACUUUCACUUAAAAAACCAAGGAUUCAUGAGAUUUCCACAAAAUCUAAAUGAAAAAGGAUUUUUGAAUAUAAAUGAUCCUAAAAUGAAUUCAGGUUUAAAUAGUGAAACAUGGAGUAGAACUAAUAAUGCGGAAUAUCCUUUGGAUGAUCAGACUUACGUUGCUUUAACGAAAGAUCAAAUAUCACAUAAAAAUUACAAUCCAAAUUUGCAAACGCCAAAAGAAAAGCAACAAUUAAAUUUAAAUACAUAUAAAUCCAUGCCCGAAUAUAGAAUAGUUCCUUCAAUGAAUACAUUUGAAUUUAAUGAAAGACAAAAGGCACUCAAUGAACGUAUGAAUAUGAGAAUUAAUUCAGAAAAUUUGGGUUCAGAACACUUAGAACAUCAGCAUUUUCAUAAUUCCUAUGCAUUGCCUUGGGAUACUGAAAAGCAACUUCAAGAUGAUUUCCAAAAAACAUAUAAAUCUUCCUCAGACAUAGCUACUUCCAAAAACAGUGAAUAUGAGGAUGAACAGAACAUUCCCGGCGAGGUGGCUAAUGCGAGAAAUAUUCAAGACUAUGAAACAAGGCCACUCGUUGAUAAUCAUCACUUGGACGAUACACAAGCAAUGCGAUGGGUUCAAUCAAAACAACAUAACAAUCAUUUCUCAAAUUUUUAUAAAACAACACCAGAAAUUCAUCAAGAGUAUGACUUCAACCCACACUUUAGAAACCAUUUCCACAGAGUAGCCCCCAAACAGGAAUUCGGUGAUCAAGAUACACACGGCCACGAUUAUCCGUCUAUGAGAUCGAGAUUACAUGAUCAUAUGCUCAUGUAUCAUCAAGGAAAGCCAUCUGAUAUUGAUAGCUCAAUCGAAUCAAGCAUGCGUAUGAACAUGAGGGAACCAUUUACUAAAUCCGUUAAAGAUUUUGGUUUUCAUAAUCAAUACUUUAGCCACCCUUCAGGAGUAGCAAGAUUUGGAACUGCAUUACCUUUAUCCGGUGCAGGAACGGGCGCUGUGGGAGUUUUCCCGACAGCUAAUUCCGGAGGUUGCGGCAUACCCUUGCUUUUAAGCUGUUCACCUUCCGUGGUUUCAGGGAGCUUAGCAAAGUCACACAUCACUGGCUCAGCGUUUAAAUCUCAAGAUGAAAAUGGAAUGUAUUAUACGAACAUGAAAAGAGAAGCAAUGAAUAUAGAUGAUGUACCAGUUAUGAAAAUUCAAAAAUCACACAAUCAUAACCAGGUUCCUGUCCAUGUUCAUGAUUAAAACAGCCUUUUAACAUUAUCGUGACGGGUCUUCAACAUAACAGCACGUUAACACAUCACAAGAGAUUAAAUAAAAAGUUUAUGAUUGAAAUUUAUUUAUUCUACUUUCCUUUUAAUUC